AUGUCUCACUCAAAGGAAGGCGAGCUCGGGCCCCACUAUAACGACAGCGGCUAUACGCAGAAUAACCACAUUGCUCCGGCAGUCCAUCAACAGUUGCUGACGCCAGAUUCUCCUCUUAUACUGAGCAAUCAUGCCUCUCCCAACAACACCUCGCUCACCCCGGCUGACUCUACGACCAGCUUGUACCUCGUGCCGAGCGAGUUUGGUGAAUAUGACUGGAGCAACGACGACCCAUUCUUUGGUGCCAACUUUGACAUCGAUCGUGAUCGUGGGACACCAUCUUUCCUGGAAGAGCAGUCCCCUUUCAAUUCGGGAUCUCAGACAAGCUGGAAAGCGCCGCCCACAAGCGAUCCUUCUUAUGGGCAGCCUGAUGCUCCUUCACCACAGGGACAAAGUGCUCAACAGGUCGAGCUAGAUGCCGAGACAGAUCCGCAGUCUUCCAAUCCCGACAAGGCUGACUCCAAUGACAUUCGUCAUAGAACCGAGGCAUGCAAACAUUUAUUUGAAAGUUGCCAGACACUAUGUAACGAUGAGCGGGUUGAUAGACUGUGCGCCAAAUUCCACUGGUGGUCAUUAGGUAUCGGGGCAUCGAAACACGGCCAUUCCUCAUUAGACUAUCGUGUUCGAACCCGAGAGGAUAUUCGAGACAGAAUUGUGGAUUUGCUCGACAUGCUCGCUAUCUCGCUACAAAGCUGCAUUAGUAUCACAGCAGCCAGCGGAAAGGAGCAGAUAACAAUUACUGCCGGCUCUGAUACUGAGCCCGAUCAUGGCCACUCUCGCCUUGAAGAGACCAUGGACUACAUCCGCUCUAAUAUAGAUUAUCUUCUAAGACUCUCUGCUGCGAUUCGAAAGUCGGGGACAAAGUUCAGACACAAACAUGUCGAUGAGCUUCUGGGUGAUGGGAAAGUUGAUCUCAGAGAAUUUGGAGACUAUCUUAGAAACCUAAUUCUUUUCGUCCCAACCCAGUUUGCCGUCGGAAAUGCACACCAGGCGUAUCUUGAAUAUCCGCGGCGUUUAGGCCCGAUACAGGAGCGACUCAUACAAGCGAAUCUCGUGCGAAGAAACCGAUUUGAUCACUAUUACAAGAUGUCCCUUAAGGAAGAUGCCAUGUCACUGAUAGCCGGAGAUAGUAGGGAUCAAGGCUCAAGUCCACCGCGAAAAGUGCAAAAGUCUAUCGGGGCCUUCUCGGUUGAUCGAUCUGCCAUAUCCUCCCGGACAGCCACUGAAAUCGGUACCUUUGUAAUGCCAGAGAAACCACGCAGCCAUCAAACGAAGUCAAGCAGCUCUCGAGUCUCUCGGAGUGUGCUCAAGCAAGACUAUCCAAGGUGUCCAGUUACGGGAAAAGACUUUUGGUGUCCAUUUUGUGCGCAGCCACUCGACAGUUCUUACUCCGAUCCAAAGAAAAACAUGAAAUGGCGGUACGAUCUCAAACUCAAUCCUGAUAUAUCAUGUCUAACGACUAUUAGUGGUCAUGUCUCGGAAGAUCUGAGCCCUUACACCUGUAUAUAUCCAGACUGUGACCAGGCAGAUGCCAUGUACGUCACCACAGAUGAAUGGAGAAAACAUCUCAAAAGUUGCCACAGUAUGUCGCGUUGGAUAUGCGACAUUUGCUGGCUUGAAUCCAGUAGCCCUGGCGACUUCGAGUUCGACGAGGAGGGAAAAUGGCGUGAACACAGCUUAUCAUGUCAUUCUGGGGAGAUUUCCGUUCAGGAUCUCGAUGAUAUCGCCGAAGAAAGCAAACGGGCGGUGGUACCUUCUAUCGCAUGCCCACUGUGUUACGACAGCACAGUUCUUCUUCAGCCAGAUGCCGAUAAACAUAUCGCCAAUCAUCUACAUUCCUUUGCCUUACAGGCUUUGCCUUGGACUGCCACUGUCCCUGAUGAUGAAACGAGAGCUUCCGAUGGAUCGAACACCGGAAGGCCCUUGUAUUUUGAGGGUAAAGAUGAUCUUGCAGAGAUAGACUGGAGUGCACCAUAUAUUCUUCAAGACCUUGCGCCUCUCCUAGAUGAGUCUAUUUCUCGUUGUCAACACCUAUCUCGAUCUAUAGAUUUCGAAAAGUUGCGUGAUACUUUGAAUAGUGUACUCGAAACACUUCACAACUUGAAACAAUCCCUCUCAUCCUUGAGUAUUGCACAAGUUGGUGAAGCAGCUGAUCCCAUGAUCAGAUUGAAUACGAUUUUGUCAAGGCAUGAUGACAACGAGUUUAUUACUUCCGAUAUGCCAACACUUGAAAUUCUCGGGGUCGACCUCGAAGAAGCACAUGGUUCCUUGCAGGUAAUAGUAACGAAAUCGUCCAUGAAAGCAGCUAUUGAGACGGACGCCACUGAGACUACACCCCCUGGCAAAUAG